GACCUCAUGCCUUCAUCUACGCAUUCCUUAUGCAUAAUUAGUUCACACCGUCAAUAUUUAAGCUGGCGUGGUGGUACGCCGGGUGUAUUGUGCACUAGGACACGACACCAACAGUCAACGCUAGCUCAAGCUCAUGGCGGAGCAGUCGACCUCCCCUGCAGACUCCAUCUCCCGGCCUUACACCUACACCAUCGGCUACGCGAUGCUGUCCAACAAGCGCGACACCUUCGUCCAGCCGUCGUUCUUGGACAUGGCGGCGCAGCACGGCAUCCGCUUGGUGGCCGUCGACACCUGCCGCCCUCUCGCCGAGCAGGGCCCCUUCGACCUCAUCGUCCACAAACUCUACGGCCAGCCGUGGCGCGCGCAGCUGGAGGCCUUCUCCGCGCUCCACCCCGACGUCCCGGUCAUCGACCCUCCCGCCGCCAUCGACCGCAUCCUCGACCGCUACACCAUGCUCGACGUCGUCUCCAACUUCGACACCGACUCCAUUGGCAUCCCUGGGCAGGUCGUCGUCCACGACGCGGCGGCCCUGGCCGACCCGGCGCUCGCGGGCGUUCUCGGAGAUCUCCGGUUCCCGCUCAUCGCCAAGCCCGUCGAGGUCGACGGCAGCGCCGCGUCCCACGACCUGUGUCUCGUCUACCGCCGCGAGGGCCUCCACGGCCUCCGCGCCCCGCUGGUCCUCCAGGAGUUCGUCAACCACGGCGGCGUGCUCUUCAAGAUCUACGUGGUGGGCGACCACGCAACCUGCGUGAUGCGGAGCAGCCUGCCGGACGUGCCCGACGAGCGCCUCCAGGACCUCGCCGCCGACGCCACGGUCCCCUUCUCCAACAUCUCGCUCCUCCCUCCCCCUGCCGCCGGCGAUGGCGACGACCAUGCCAAGAUGCCGCCGGCCGACUUCGUCAACAAGGCCGCCCGCGAGCUCCGGCGGGCGCUGGGCUUGCACCUCAUCAAUUUCGACAUGAUCCGGACAAAGGAUCGUGAUGGCAACUGCAAGUACCUCAUCCUCGACAUCAACUACUGCCCGGGAUACUCCAAGAUGCCAGGUUUUGAGCCUGUUCUUACGGAAUUCUUCUUGGAGAUGCUUAGCGCCAGAUCUGGUGCUCAUGAGCAGCCUGGACCGGACUCUGGCCUAGGUGUUGAGGCACGCUAGGAUGAGGUUGAGCCGAGCUUCAUCCCGUUGGGAGCGGAGCUGAGCCAGGUUCAGGCCGGCCAAGCAUCUACGGUUCGGGCUGGAUUUUGACUCGACCCGGCCUGGCCCGGUGUUGGAACAUGUUUGCUUAAUCCAAAUGGAAUUAAUAAAACGCACCAAGACCACAUCUGUAAAGUGUGAGCUUGCUUUGUAACCUUUCCUUUCAAAAUAAAAAAAACAUUUUCAUUGUACCCUUUGCUCUAAUCUAGUUACAUAUGCAAAAGUUCUUUAUUUCAUA